UCCAUGGCGUCUCCUCUGCUUCUGUUCGUUGUUUUGUGUAGCUACUGCAGCUACAUCUCUCAUGCAGACAACGAGCAUGGGUUUGUAGUGGUGCCACGCAGGUCUUACGAGCCAAAAGCAGUAUGCUCUGCAUCCAGCGUGAACCUGGAGCCGAGCAGCGCUACUCUGUCAGUACCUCUAGUGCACCGGUACGGACCGUGCGCGGCGUCACAGUACUCUGACAUGCCGACGCCGUCCUUCUCCGAAACGCUCCGCCAUAGCCGCGCCCGCACAAACUACAUCAAGAGCCGAGCGUCCACGGGCAUGGCGAGUACGCCAGACGAUGCCGCCGUGACCGUCCCGACCCGACUAGGUGGUUUUGUGGACUCACUGGAGUACAUGGUCACGCUGGGCUUCGGCACGCCAUCCGUGCCGCAGGUGCUCCUCAUGGACACCGGCAGCGACGUCUCGUGGGUGCAGUGCGCGCCGUGCAACUCUACCGAGUGCUACCCGCAGAAGGAUCCUCUCUUCGAUCCAAGCAAGUCUUCCACCUACGCUCCCAUCGCCUGCGGCGCCGACGCGUGCAACAAGCUCGGAGACCACUACAGGAACGGCUGCACGAGCGGCGGCACCCAGUGCGGGUACCGCGUCGAGUACGGAGACGGCUCGAGUACGAGGGGCGUGUACAGCAACGAGACGAUCACGUUUGCUCCGGGGAUCACCGUCAAGGACUUCCAUUUCGGCUGUGGCCACGACCAGCGCGGUCCCAGCGACAAGUUCGAUGGCCUCUUGGGGCUUGGAGGCGCCCCGGAGUCGCUCGUCGUGCAGACGGCGUCGGUUUACGGUGGCGCCUUCUCGUACUGCCUCCCGGCGCUGAACAGCGAAGCCGGGUUCCUAGCCCUCGGCGUGCGGCCGAGCGCCGCCACCAACACGUCGGCCUUCGUGUUCACGCCGAUGUGGCACCUGCCGAUGGACGCAACGUCGUACAUGGUGAACAUGACAGGCAUCAGUGUGGGUGGGAAGCCGCUGGACAUCCCGCGAUCGGCGUUCCGUGGUGGCAUGCUCAUAGACUCCGGCACGAUCGUCACCGAGCUCCCGGAGACUGCGUACAACGCGCUGAACGCAGCGCUGCGGAAGGCCUUCGCGGCGUACCCCAUGGUGGCAAGCGAGGACUUUGACACCUGCUACAACUUCACCGGUUACAGCAAUGUCACCGUGCCGAGGGUCGCGCUCACGUUCAGUGGCGGCGCCACCAUCGACCUCGACGUCCCCAAUGGGAUUCUGGUGAAGGAUUGCCUAGCCUUCCGGGAGUCAGGCCCAGAUGUUGGCCUCGGCAUCAUCGGCAACGUGAAUCAGCGCACGCUCGAGGUGCUCUACGAUGCCGGGCAUGGUAAGGUCGGAUUCCGAGCCGGUGCAUGCUGAAGCUGUAAAGCAGUAUAUAGUAUACUAGUGAAAGGCGCG